AUGGGAAAAUCAUUAGCUUAUUUCCAGCUUGACCACUUACAUGAAGAGCUGCCAGAUGAGCUUAACAGAACUAAAGACAUCGUUGAUGCCUUCGAUGCGCCUAUUCCUCAAGAGUGUAUUGACUGUAGAGGAAAGCCUGGCUGUUUCUUUGUUGAUGGUCCUGGAGGAACUGGCAAGACAUUUUUAUACAAUGCCUUAUAUGCAGAAGUUCGCAUGGCAGGGAAGAUUGUUCUGCAAACAUCAACAUCAGGCAUUGCUGCAUUAAACAUCCCUUCUGGAAGAACUGCGCACUCAAGGUUUAAAAUUCCCCUGGAUUCAGAAACAUCUCUUUCCUGUGACGUUCCCAAACAAGGCAGCUUAGCUGCUUUAAUCAAAGAAACAACUCUUAUUAUUUGGGAUGAAGCCUCAAUGUCCAAAAAAGAAAACAUUGAAUCAGUUAAGCUUUUGCUUCGUGACCUUUGUGACGCAGAACAACGAUUUGGUGGAAAGGUUGUAGUAUUUGGGGGAGAUUUUAGGCAAGUUCUGCCAGUUGUUCCUCGCAAAACUCAAAGAGAGCCUGUUGCAGCAAGCCUGGUUCCUCCUCACAUUGUGAGUUAUUAUCAUGAGAGUGAUGAUCCUAUCAAUCACUUAGCUACUACUACAUUUCCAAAAUUAGAACAUGCAGCAUUUUCACCAGAUAUCUUCACAGAGAGAGCCAUUCUUACACCAUUAAAUGAUGCAGUUGUUUCCAUCAACACAGUUCUUAUUAACAAAUUUCCAGGAAACUCUGUCAUUUACAAGAGCUUUGAGAGCAUGCUAGAUGAUAACUGUGCAAUUUACCCUACAGAGUUCCUGAACCAGCUAGCCCAUGGUGGUAUGACUCCGCAUGAACUUGUUCUUAAAAUAAACAGUCCUGUAAUAUUUCUCAGAAACAUUGAUCCAGCAGAUGGACUGUGCAAUGGAACGCGUCUUAUAUGCAAGUCUGUCAGAAGGAAUGUCAUUGUUUGUUCUAUAGCCACUGGUCAUCGUCAAGGAGAACUUGUAUUCAUUCAUCGUGUUAAUCUCCGACCUCCAUCAUCAACAAAAUAUCCUAUUCAGUUUGAGCGGAUACAAUUCCCUCUGAAACUCAGCUUUGCAAUGACUAUAAACAAAUCUCAAGGCCAGACAUUAAGCCAAGUGAUAGUUUACCUCCCACAGCCAUGUUUUUCCCAUGGAUAA